GUCAAAUCCAGUCACAUCACCAUGAGCCCCGAUCGACUGCUGCUGCACAAGUCACGAGUGCCAUUCUCAAGACUGCGUUGCCGCGUGCUUAGCCUCGUCGCACAGCCAUCGACGCUGCCUCGCGCCAUCAUUCUCGUACGCAUCCCUAGGCGAGCGGAAGGAAGAGCUGCUCCAUCAUACAGCUCCAUAGCCACAGCCACGGCUUCUUCUCCACACUUCUUGACACCCGACGCGAGCCUUCCUGACGCACAAUCCCCCCUCGAGCUACGUAGGCAUUGGACGACCGCUGGCGUCGCUCGAGCAGCACUAGGGACAGCGGUCCACGGGCGAUCGAGGUUGGCAGCUACAUAAGCAGGGCUGACAUGCCGCUUCCCGCGACCUUGCACUUGAGACGCCCAAAUCGUUUCAUCAGGACCAUUGCUGCUGCGCCCAACAACCUCUUCGCACUGCCUGUACCGUCUUCCAGCUUGCCACGCGUCAUUUCAUCAGCUGCCACGUCGUCACUGAACGCUGCCAGCGCAGCAAUCCCCUCAUCCAUCUCCCUGCACACAUCUCCACUUUCAGCUCUACCCAAUCCCACUCAUACAUCUCACCGGCGUAUUGGCGCUCGCAGCUACGCCUCAGCGCAUCAACCCCGGCAACGUGUACCCUCGCCUCACCCAGGCGAUCAAACACCAACCACUCCCGGCUCGCCUCCUCGUCUGGGUGCACUCAAGCUGAUCCGCAACGACCCUAGCGAACCCCGACAGCCCUCUCGAGGAAGCGUGACCAGAGCUCGUCGUGCAAAUCCAGGAUCAUCAGGCGCCAGCUUGUUCGGAUUCAGAAAUUCGACCACCGAAACGUCCACCGCUUUCGCAGAGGCAGCAGACGCGGCUGCGGACGCUGCUGCUAGGCAAACACAGAAAGCCUUGCAGCUGAGACAUCUCGAGCAUCAUCAGCAGAGAAUCGUUGCGGCGGCGCAGGCAUUGCCGAGCCCAAAUACAGCUACUACGGCUGUACAAGCAGCAACAACCUUCGAGCCAGUGGGAAAUCUUACGGCUGAUCAAGACAUCAUGGCCAAAGGCCUAUCUGAGCAGAUGGACGGCGGAGCUAGGGUGGAGCAGGAGCUGCGGAAAAGGAAGGAUCCAGAUGCUGCUAGAAAGCACCACGAACACAGUCACAGCCACGGAUUCGGUCAUUCUCAUUCGCACGCGCAUGAAGGCAGCGCUGAAGAGGCGGACAAGCUGUUCGCAGCUCUCAAAGGACAGGGUGAUCGGGGUAGCAACAUCACCCUGGUAGGGCUUGGCGCAAAUCUGGUCCUGUGUAUCGCCAAAGCCGUGGCAGGCGUAUUCCUUCACAGCGCCUCGCUACUGGCUGAUGCAGCUCACAGUCUAUCAGACAUGUUCUCGGACCUAGUCACUCUUUUCUGUUGGCGCAUGUCUCGCAAACCCCCUUCUACAACCCACCCCCUCGGAUACGGCAAGUACGAGACGAUGGGAGGGCUGGGAGUCAGCGUGGUGCUGGUUGCUGGUGCCUUUGGCAUUGGUGCACACAGCUACAGCCUCCUGAUCGAGGCUCUGGAACCUACUUUGCGCUCCGCGCCGGCCGUCAUUCAGAAUAUUGGCACGCUGACUGGAGCGCUGGCUAGCAAAGGGGCGCACCUGCACGAGCAUGCCGACGUUGGAGAUCGUGGCAUACUCGACCCCAACGCCAUGUGGUUCGCCCUGGCAAGCGUGGCUGUCAAGGAGUGGCUCUACCAUGCGACGCUCAAGGUAGCGAGGGACGAGAACAGCUCCGUGCUGGAAGCCAACGCGCUCCACCACCGCAGCGACUCGCUCUCCUCGGGUGUCACCUUUUUAGCUAUUCUGGGCUCGUGGCUGGGCUUCCCCGUGCUCGAUCCGAUGGGCGGCUUGCUGGUAGCGGGACUGAUCGGCAAGCAAGGCCUCGAAUUGCUGCUGCAAGCUCUCGCAGAUCUGUCCGAUCGAGGGGUUGAUCAAGAAGCUUUGGGUGGGUUCGAAGAAGCGAUAGAUGGUGUCAGGGCAUUGCACCCUACGCUCCUGCUGGGCGUCAAGGAGAUCAGAGCGGUCAAGCAUGGAGUCAGUACGCUGGUGGAUGUCACCUUGGAGAUGCCACCCAGGACUACGCUGGCCGAGGCUCAGGUGGUGGAGCAGUUGGUGCAGCAGGCUAUUUUGGAAAAGGACAAAAGUGUAAAGGAAGUCAGGGUGCGCUUGGACACGCCGACUUCGGAUAAUCACGUGAAUGUCGAAUGAGCUUGGAUGUGUGCGCUCUACAAGUCUAGCCAGCAGCUUUUAUCAGAAGCACAUCGUGUGCCAGGAAGCAUGCAUCGACCUCACAAGACUCCGCUGCGGUCCCGGGUUGCUUGCUACAUGUUUCUGGUGUCGCCUUGGCGAAUUGAACUUUGAUUGACACGCGAG